AUGACGCAACGACAGCAGCAAGUCGCUCAAAACGUCACCAGUCGGUACUUGAAGAAGGCUAGCCUCCAGCAGCUCCUUGAGAAGAUCUUCCCGGGGCACACUGAUUUUGAGAUUGAGAUGAGGGAUGAUGUUUGGCAUUUCAAGGCGCCGAAGGAAGUUGAUGCCGACACGAUAGAGUAG